AGGGUUGGGCCCAAGAUGAGAUUUAGUAAGAUGUUUGUUGCUUUGAGGCCAUGUAUUGAUGGAUUCAAAAAUGGGUGCAGACCAUAUUUGGGCAUUGACUCCACUGCUCUUACUGGAAGGUGGAAGGGGCAACUAGCUGCAGCUAUAGGCAUUGAUGGACAUAACUGGAUGUUUCCCGUGGCAUAUGCUGUAUUUGGAUCAGAGACACAAGAUAAUUGGGGCUGGUUCAUGAACAAGCUUGCAAUGGCAAUUGGAUCCCCACCUGGACUUGUCAUUUCAACUGAUGCUGGGAAAGAUAUUGACAUAGCAGUGACAAAAGUCUUCACCAAUGGUGUAGAGCAUAGGGAAUGCAUGAGGCAUCUUUACAAAAAUUUUAAGAAGCGAUAUCGUGGAAAGAUCUUUGAAAAGAACCUCUGGCCAGCUGCAAGAGCUUACAGGAAGGACAUAUUUGACAAUCACUACAACAUCAUGAAGGCAUCAUCCACAAAAGCAAUGAAAUGGAUUGAGGACAAUCACAAGCACUUAUGGGCAAGAUGUUAUUUCUCUACAGCUAGCAAGUGUGACUAUGUGACCAAUAACAUUGCUGAAGCCUUCAAUAAUUGGAUAAAACAUGACAAGUCACUGCCUGUGAUAGAACUGAUGGAUACAAUUAGACAAAAAAUCAUGGAGAAAUUGUAUCAAAGAAGAACUCUAGCCAUGAAGUUGACUAGUAAAGUGCUGCCACACAUAAUAAAGUCUCUCAAUGCAAAGAAUAGAGGACUGGUUGGAUAUUCAAUCCACAAAGGUCUUGGUCACAUGGCAGAGAUCAGUGGUGUUUAUAGGGAUUUGACACCUUGGAGACAUACUGUUAAUCUGGAACAAAGAACUUGCACAUGUAAGAGAUGGCAGCUCACUGGACUCCCAUAUAAUCAUGCAAUCAGUUUGAUAUGCUCUUAUAGGGGUCUAGAGUUGGAGGAUUAUGUCGACAGCUGCUACUUUGUGUCAAAGUUCAAAUCAGCAUAUGAAGGUUGGAUGGAACCAAUACCAGACAAGAGUAUGUGGCCUCAAGUACAACUAGAAUUCAAGUUGUGGCCUCCAGUACUCAAGAGGGCAGCAGGUAGACCAAGGAGUAGGAGAAUAAAAUCAGUUGCUGUGGGUGGCAGCAGGAAAAGAAAGAGAUGCAAGAGAUGUGGUCAGUUAGGACAUAUGCAAAAAACUUGCAAUGAGACAGUGUAUGACUCAGAUGAUCCACCUCCUGCACAACCAAAACCAAAGAGUAACAAAACCAAGAAGGAGAAAGUACCAGCCAGCACAAGUACACCUAAAAAUAAGAGGACCAAAAAGGAGAAAGUAGUAGCCAACACAAGCACACCUAAAAAUAAGAGGACCAAGAAGCAAGUGAUCACAAAAGUAAGAGCCAGCCCAAGUUCACCAUUGAAGCUGCUACAUGCACCAUCAACACCAACUAGCCCAUUUGAUCUAAACUAA